AUCACACAAGUUGUCUGUCUCUGAUUGGAUGAAGAACAGGGAUCCUCACUGUAUUGUUGCGGUACACAGAGCCCUCCCCUGCAGUGGGAAAACACAAGGUUAGACUGUGGACUGUGGUGUUCUUUCAGCCGGAAUAGCUAAAAUUUCUGGGACUUGGAGUCUUCAAGGGACCACAAAAAAGAGAACUUUAAGGUCUGGAACUGAAGUGAGAUUGGAAGCGAUACUGCUCUGGAGAACGCAGGACUCAACUGAUUGAACUUGUGUAACAGCACUCCACUGUGUAGUGAGUCUGCGGCAUCAGAAAACCUCAGCGCGCUCUCAGAGAGUCGAAAUAUACGCAUGUAAAAUGGCUCGUGAUGCUUUCCCGCCACUGCUGCUGUUACUGUUCCUGUCUGUGUUUGGGGCGUCCCAUGGCUGCCUGCAGGACCCUGUUUCAGCCUACAGAUUUACCGGAGCCGUCUGCCGGCUCACCUACCCUGCUGCCGUUGUGUUGAAUGAGAAAACCACAAAAGUGAUUGAGGCAGCAUUCCAACAUGCCAGAUACCCAAGUGUGAAUGGAGAGAAAUCCCUGCUCUUUGUAGGCAGAGUCACAUAUGGCCUGGACAAUUUGGAGAUUCACAACCUGUCGAUUGGUCGAAGUGCGUUUGAGCUGCGUGCAGGUGAAGGCAUCGCCAUGGAAAUAAGCAACGUGUCCGCAGUCUUCAAAGGGACCAUCCAGUAUGGAUAUGGCAGCUGGCUUGUCAGCGUCGCACAAUCGAUUGACUUUGAGAUUGAGUCUCAGAUUGAUCUUGGAAUCAGCCCCAAACUCUACUGCGGUGAGGGGAAGGUAGCAGCAGACACGUCGGACUGUUAUCUGAACUUUCACAAGCUUCACCUGCAUCUGCAGGGAGACAAAGAACCAAACUGGCUGAAGAAGCUCUUCACCGACUUCAUCACCUUCACCGUCAAACUGGUCAUCAAAGGUCAGAUCUGCAAGGAGAUCAACAAAGUGGCAAAUAUACUGGCUGACUUCAUACAAGCCACAGCAGAGCAGUUCCUGAGUGAUGGAGACAUCAGUGUGAAUAUUGGUGUAACUGCUGCUCCCGUCAUCACUGCUAACUACAUAGAAUCAUACCACAAGGGGUUGACCAACUACAACAACACUUCCUCUGUCAUCAGUGACUCUGUUUUCCACCCCAGUCAGCUGACUGAAAACCGGAUGCUGUACUUUUGGCUGUCAGACCAGGUCUUUAACCCCAUGCUUUCUGCUGCCCACCAAGAUGGCCGCUUCCAACUCAACAUCUCUGGAGCAGAGCUCACUGAACUUUUCAGGACAAAUCUCUCCACUGCCAUGCCUGAAUUCAUCAGAAAGUGUCUGUUGGAACCAGGAUCUCCAGAGCUAAGAGUGUGGAGCUCAGCUGUUCCCUUUCUAAACACCUCCACCAUGGGUACAUCUGUCUGGGUGCAGGCCUCGGGGCAGUUCAGCUGUGGGAGCCAAGCCACACCGACGCUCUUCUUUCAAACGGAUGUGGCCUUGACCGUCACAGCUUCCUAUGCUGACAAGAAACUCUUCCUGCAGGGUAUCCCGUCAGAAGUCUUUAUAAGAAAAGCUACGCUGCCCUCACAAAAUCAACAAGAGCUGGAGGAGCAGGUGGAGUUCAUCAGAGAGGCUGUGGAGAAGAUAGGCAUUCCCAAGGUGUUGUCUGUUCUUGAGAUUGAGCUGACCAGACUGCUGGACAAACAGGGAGCCAACUUAUUCGACAUCUCCAACCCUGAAGUGCUUCCUCGAGACGGCUAUGUGGUGAUUCAGAUGGACUUUGGUUUCCCUCAUCACCUCCUGGUUGAGUUCCUCAAGAAGACACUACAGUAACUGUGCAGUCCUCUGUGCAUCUUGGGUCAGGAAUAAAAUGAAAGUGUUGUUGUGUCUUUCACAGUGACUGUCAACAUGUUAGUGGCACAUUUCCAUUUUAACAGUUUUUCUUGUUUUAUGACCAACCUCCUCAACUCUUUCUGUAAAAUCUAGAUGUCGAGAUGAGUCUGUGACGUGUCUGUUACACCACAUGUGCAAAGCAUAACAUAUUUGAAUGUGUUAACUUUUAAAAUGUGUAAUUUCUGCUGUUUUUUUAGUAUAUAUUCAGAUGAUAUGAUCUCAGCAGUUUUACUUUACACAGUAGUCACUGAAUCACAUCACCAGAGUAUUUUUUCUCCUUUGUUUUUUAAGACAGUAGGACUGGGUAUUAAAUCAAAACAAGUUAAAGUAAAAGUUAUUUUAGUUUGUGUGUGUACAACAAGUGCCCAACUGAAAAUGGAAAUACAGGUCACACACUGUGUGGAAAUUCAUUGACUGUGCCGGAUGUUGGAAAACCAGAUCAUUACAGUGAAAUGUGGCGCUCUGAAAACAGAACGGAGUCUGUUUCCAGUCAAAAUGAAAACCUGCAGCCGGCAGUUUAAACAUUCCCGUCACACAGCAUGAAAUGAGCCGUGGCUCCACCAGCUUCUCUAAUAAUGAUUAAAGUCGUGUCGAUUGUGAUAUGUUUCUAUUGUCUAUGUGCAGUAUAAUCUUUUUUACUGGCUGGUCAGUCGAGAGGCAGUUCACUGGAAAAUAAGUAAGGGGUGAACAAAUGGUACUUCACUCUCACAGAAGCAUUUUCACUUUCAGUUGUGACUUUGCUCACUGUAAAUACUUGUGUGUCCUGACUGUAAUAUUUAUGAAUAUAUUUCCCUGCUUGUGUGGCCAAACUAUACAAAAAGUAUAGAGUAUAUGACACAACAAUGUUUUUAAUUAGUUAUUUUCAUAUUGAUUCAUUCUAAAUGGAUCAAGUUAAGAAAAGAGCAACUGAGCUGCAAUAUGCACAGUUGUGAUGGAACAAAAUAAUUUUCCAUAGACUUAAUUCAAACAUAACAUUUACUGCUCAAAGGCAACACUCAAUCGGCCAAUGGUACCAUCUAGUGGAUGUAAGUCGUCAUCUAUAUUUAUUACAUUUUCAUUACAUUUCACCUCAGACACUGUUUUCAGUGACAGGCUGGUCUCGUGGACAUAAAGUGGGCAGAAUUCACUGUCACAGCAAGAAAUACUGGUGGAAAAACUAUACGUGUAAGUGAGCAUCUCAAGCACUUACAACACCAAUGAUAGUCAUUAACUGGGAUUUCUCAUGGCAAAAAUCUGAUGCAACACAAACCACAGAACGGUUUUGAUUAUAUUUCAAUUUCAAUAUGGCGCCUUAAUAGAUGAAGCUAGCAGUGUUCCAUGUCUCAACAGGGAUUUGAAAGCAUUUAACAGAAGGGUUUUCAAAACACAGCAUCAGUAGUUCUGUGUGGUUGGUAUUGUGUUGUUUAUAAUGGGAAAAGCUUCAACCAUGGUCUGAAUACUGGUUCCAGUGCAGCAGAACACUCAAGGUUCGAUUCUUGGCAGCUUUACCUCAAGCUUGCUCAUGUUUCAUUGUGUUUGAGAAGCCACUGAGACAUGCCGUCCUUAUCACUGCACUAGCAAAACCCUGAUGGUCAGGAAGGAGCGGAGUGCAUUUCUGGUGAUAGCGUGUAACACACUGUCAGCGUGGUGUAAAAAAGAUGAAAAUGCCAACCUCAGCACGCAUGUAGCUUCUUGUGGUAAAGAGCAUUUCACAAGAAAAAAAAAAAAACAUGGCGUGAUGCAGCACAGUGUUGCACAAAAGGUUUUUGAGGAUCACUGGAUUUCAGUGUGUGUGCGCACGCGCAAGGGACACAUUUUAAUGUCAACUGUCCAUUAGAUUGGAACAGUCUGGAUAUCAGACUGUUAAUACUGAAAGAGGUGACGUGUCAGUACAACAUAUUCUCUGUGACUGGUGAAACCAUGAAUUUGCAGGCAGGGAGAAGACAGUCCCAGUGUGCUGCUUAUGAAUGUGACAAGUUUUAAGAUGUUUUCACGCCUGUAGAGACAGGAAGCAGCAAAGUGCUACAUUCCUGUUGUGAACUUUUCUGUAUAUCUAUGAAUU